CUUCUUCUCCCUGGACGCGAAGGUCGUUUGAGACGAGGCAGCAGCAGCGGCUUGUUCUCUGGGCGCCAUGUUGGGGGUCAGCGUCCGACGUUUCGCCACUUCAGCCCUUCGCCGGGCGCAUUACGAGGAAGGGCCGGGGAAGAAUCUCCCUUUCUCUGUGGAAAACAAAUGGAGGUUACUGGCAAUGAUGGCAGCCUUCUUUGGAAGUGGGUUUGCCGCUCCCUUUGUUAUUGUAAGACAUCAGCUACUCAAGAAGUGAACAUGCUCUGACAGAUUGGAGGUGGAUGUUAUCCUAGAAUAGAGUUUCCUUUUCUGUGGAAGAAUAAAACUAACCACACUGGAUGUGCUUGUAAAUAAAAAGUUGAAUCUGAAAAUAAAA